AUGCAGGUACCAUUAUUGCGACUUCAAUGUGGAGUAAACAGCUACGAUUGGGGCAAGCUUGGCUCUGAGUCGGCAGCCGCAAAGUAUGCGGCAACAACUGCAGCUGCAGAUUUCUCUGUCGACGCAGAAAAGCCCUACGCAGAGCUAUGGAUGGGUACCCAUCCCUCUCUCCCAUCCAAAGACCUCGAAACCCAGCGCAGCUUGCUCGAUCUUGUCCAGGAUAAUGUGGCUUUGAUGUCCCCAGAGGUUACCCAACGAUAUGGCGGAAAGCUGCCUUUCCUUUUCAAGGUUCUCUCGAUCCGCAAGGCUCUUAGUAUCCAGGCCCAUCCGAAUAAGAAGCUAGCAGAGAGUCUCCAUGCCCGAGACCCUCGCAACUAUCCAGAUGACAAUCACAAGCCAGAAAUGACCAUUGCAAUUACGCCAUUCGAGGGACUUUGCGGAUUCCGACCACUGACUGAAAUUGUUCAUUUCCUUAAAGCCGUCGCACCGCUUCGCCAUCUUGUGGGAAACCAAGCUGCCACUGAUUUUGAAACCGCAGUCCAGGGCUCCGCAGACUCGGAUGAUUUAACCCAGACCCAGAAAAAUAAGGACGCUCUGCGCGUCCUCUUCACAACGCUGAUGAACUCUUCGACUCAGGACAUCGAAGCGGCUACAAAGGAGCUCCUCGCAGCGGCCCAGAACUCGCCAGAAACCUUUGCCUCGUUGGUGAACACCCCCGAGUCAAACCCCAGUAACCCCACGGAGCUGGCCUCCAUCCUCAUCCGCCUCAACGGACAGUUUCCCAGUGACAUUGGCCUGUUUGUCUUCUUCUUCCUCAAUUUUGUUGAGCUUGCACCCGGAGAGGCCAUGUUCCUCAAAGCGGACGACAUCCACGCGUACAUUUCCGGGGACAUCAUUGAGUGCAUGGCAUCCUCCGACAACGUUGUGCGGGCGGGAUUUACACCCAAGUUUAAGGAUGUCGAUACUCUCACUGACAUGCUGACGUACUCGUACGCACCGAUCGAAGAGCAGAAGCUGGAGCCCACGGACUACCCCUAUGUUGUCCUGAACGCCACGGCUUACUCGAGCGCUUCGUCAUGCCUGCUAUACGAUCCCCCGAUCGAGGAGUUCAGCGUUGUCAAGUCAGAGCUCUGCCGUCCUGGGGCGAAGGCGACGUUUGAUCAACUCACAGGCCCCAGCAUCUUAAUUUGUACGGGGGGGAGCGGAAAGAUAACGGUCGGCCACAAGACCGAACUUGUUGAAGAGGGUUAUGUUUUCUUCGUCGGCGCUAAUGCCGAGUGCAUCAUCGAGAAUACUGGACGUGAACGGGAGGAUGUUUUUACUACAUAUAAGGCCUUUUGUGAUCUCACGGGCAAGGAAGACCUGGUGAAUGGACAUUAA